UCUCACCCUCAAAAAACUACUUUGCUCUCUCAACUUAAUUUCUCUUCACAUCUCUCUUUUUCUCUCUUAGUGUUCUUGAUAAGAAGAAGGAUUGAUAUGGCACUUGAAGCUUUGAACUCUCCGACGACGCCGCGGCCGUCGGUUUUUCAGUUUGAGGAUCCGGCGAGCCUGAGCUACCUUGAUCAUCAGUGGGCGAAGGCCGGGAAGCGAUCGAAGCGGCCGAGGAGCGUGGAGCGUCAGCCUACUGAGGAGGAGUAUUUGGCGCUAUGCCUUAUUAUGCUGGCGCGCGGCGGUGCACGGCCGUCGGCACCGCCGUCUGUGGCGGCGCCACGGCCGCCGGCGCCACGGCCGCCGGCGCCGCCAGUUUCGGAGCAGAAAUUGUUGUAUAAGUGCUCCGUUUGCGACAAGGCGUUUGGGUCUUACCAGGCUUUGGGAGGGCACAAAGCCAGCCACCGCAAGCUCGCCGGCGCCGGCGCCGGCGACGACCAUCCUACUACCUCAACCGCCACCAACGGCUCCGCCGGCGCCGCCAGUACUGGUAGGACCCACGAGUGCUCCAUCUGCCACAAGUGUUUCCCCACCGGCCAGGCCUUGGGCGGCCACAAACGGUGCCACUACGAAGGCACCAUUGGAAACGGCGGUGCCAGUGCCGGCGCCGGCGCCGGCACGUCGUCGGAGGGAACCGGGUCGUCCUCCAAUAGCCUCCGCAACUUUGACUUGAACCUCCCUGCCUUGCCGGAAUUGUCCCCUGUUUUCCUCCGACGCUUCGCCGACGACGAGGUGGAAAGCCCCCAUCCGGCGAAGAAAGCUCGCCUCCAAAUUCCGACUAAACUCGAAUUGUUCUAGGAACAUGUUACUCUGAGGAUCUUAAAUUAUGCAAUUUUUAUUUAUUUUUUUUCAUUUAUCUUUCUGGUUGGGAUAGACACAAUUCUUUGUUGUAAAUACAUCAGUUUGAUUGUGACAGUGAAGCAAGUGAUUAUUUAAUUAAUUCAAUUUUUUGGUAUGACA